CCCGGCCGAGAGGCGUCGUUGGCGCGGCGCGGCUGGAUCGCUCCUUGCCGCGGCGGCUGCCAAGGGACCGUCGCCGUCUCGUCGCCUCAGCGCCGCUGUCUGGGCCCGGCCCGCGCCGCCGCCCGCCUUACCUUUCGUCCGUGGCCGGGCCUGCGGGAUGUUCAUUUUAAAGAUUCUGUGAAGAUGAAAAGGGAUAUCUUAUGGCUUUAUGAAGUAUAAAGCAAUACUGCCUGACAUGACGGCAAAAAAUGUUGGUGUGACUUCCACAAAUGGAGACUUGAAAGGAUUUAUAGAUCAGAACCAGAGUCCAACAAAAGGUAAUAUUUCAGUAAUCGCAUUGCCAGUUUCCAGCACCAACUCUCCGACUAAGAUUUUGCCAAAAACCUUGGGACCAAUCAAUGUGAAUGUUGGACCCCAAAUGAUCAUAAGCACACCACAAAGACUGACCAGUUCGGGGAAUGUUCUGAUUGGGAGUCCGUAUAACCCAGCUCCAACGAUGGUCACACAGACACAUAUAACAGAAGCUUCUGGCUGGGUCCCAGGGGAGCGAAAACGGACUCAAGAAAUUAUAGAGUCAGAUUUUUCAGAAAGUAAGAGAAGCAAGAAAGGAGAUAAAAAUGGAAAGGGUCUGAGGCAUUUUUCAAUGAAAGUUUGUGAAAAAGUUCAACGUAAAGGAACAACUUCAUACAACGAAGUCGCUGAUGAGCUUGUAUCAGAAUUCACAAAUUCUAACAGCCACCUAGCAACAGAUUCACAGGCUUAUGAUCAGAAAAAUAUUAGACGGAGAGUUUAUGAUGCCCUCAACGUCCUGAUGGCAAUGAACAUAAUUUCAAAGGAGAAGAAGGAAAUCCGGUGGAUCGGCCUUCCUACAAACUCAGCUCAGGAAUGUCAGAAUCUAGAGAUAGAAAAACAGAAGCGGAUUGAAAGGAUAAAACAGAAGCGAGCCCAGCUGCAAGAACUGCUGCUGCAGCAAAUAGCAUUUAAAAACUUGGUACAAAGAAAUCAGCAAAAUGAACAGCAAAAUCAAGGCCCUCCAUCUUUGAACUCCACAAUACAGCUGCCUUUCUUAAUAGUCAACACUAGCAAAAGAACAAUUAUAGACUGCAGCAUAUCAAGUGAUAAAUUUGAAUACCUCUUUAAUUUCGAUAAUACUUUUGAGAUUCAUGAUGACAGCGAGGUGCUGAAGAGAAUGGGAAUGUCCUUUGGACUCGAAGCAGGCAAAUGUUCAGCUGAGGACCUAAGAACCGCAAAAUCACUGGUGCCAAAAGCUUUAGAAGGCUACAUCACAGAUAUGUCUGCAGGAUUUUCAUGGAUAAACCAAGGGUUACUUUCAAGUUCAGCACAAGCAGUUUCCCAUUUCGAGGCAGCUGGAGGCACUUACGAUGCUAAAUCAAGUGAGAAUCCAGGGUUGUGUUUGGAUGCUGAAGUGGCCUUAGCAACUGGGCAGCUGCUUGCCCCUAGCAGUCAGCAGUCCAGCAGUGCAGCGUCCCGGGGGGAGACGCCCUGCUCCUUCAACGAGGAAGAGGAAGAGGAUGAAGAUGAGGAUUCUUCCUCCCCAGAAUGAGGACAGUAGAAAAUGGAAUAUGCAAAAUGCUGCUCAAGUAUUCUUAAUGGGAGUUCCUAUUUGGAUUUUAUUGGUUUCUUGCCUUGGUUUGCACUGUGUUCAGUGAAGCAAAAUGGAAGCUUCAAAACAAGUUUAUCCAUAGCUGAAAUUGAAAAAUUUUAUAACUGAACACAGAGUGACAUGCAGAGACAGAGCAAAGUGGGUUUUAUCAACUACAAAUGAGGAAAAGAACAAAGUCCUUGGAGAUUUGGCAAAGUAAACCUUAAGUUCAUCUUUUCCAUUCUGGGACUCACACCUCUGUCUUCCCCAUGUCUUUUUCAGAUGGAGAACAGAGUCAGUCAGUCAGUAAAAGCCAAUUCUUGCAUUGUCUUUUGGCUGUGCUGCCUUUAAAAAAAGGGGGAGAGAGAGCACACGCAAAUGCGCCAAAAUCGUUAUUUAAAAUUAUCUUGUAUGAACGUGGUUAUAGGGAAAAGGGGCUGUUCAAAUGUUUGCUUUUUUUCUGUUCAACUUGCUGUAUAGAAGAUUCUUAAAGUAAUAUAAAUUGCAAGUGAUUAAAUGAAUCUUGAAAUAGUUUAAAUCCACUUUAGAUACUCUAAAAGUAACAUUAGUAUAAAAGGUUCGUAUGUUCAUUUAUAUUGCCAGCCUAAUUUAUUAUAAGUGAUUAUUCUUAGCCAUUAUUAAAACAGUCAGGAAAAAAACCAGUAUUCUCUGCACCAGCCUUUUUCAAGAAAAAGAUUAAAGAAUUGUAUUUCUAGAUUACAGUGUAUUCAGUGUAGCUUCUCCUUUACUGUUCUAACUAUAUAAACCCUUUGAUGUUAGAGCAUGUGUUGUUUUUUUUAAAAAGGCCUCCUACCAUGUUAAGGAUCUCAGGCAGCAUGUUUUCAAGGCAGUCUUUUCAAAUUUGGGGCGGGCAGGUCAUAUAAAUUUUAAAGUCAUAGGCUGAGGCCCUUAGGGAAAAAAAAUAAAAUGUCAACAGUACAUCAUUUCAUGUUUUGCAUACUGGUCAGCUUGGAUUCUGACAGACUUUCUUAUCAGUAGCUUCAGUUGCACUCACCUUGAUGCACCUUUGAAAAUAGUAUCAAACCACUUAAAAUAAUCUAUGGCUCAAGUUACAUAACAUGUAUUCCAUGUGAACUGUUACAUUAGACUUGCAGCAGGAGGCCGUGUUUUCCAUAGCUAACAUCACAUCCAAUCAUAAACACCUUUUUGAAAAAACACAAAACUUGAAUAUCAGUGCAAAAUACACUGUAGAUGUACUCUUUCCAUGGUGUUCCAGCAUCCAGGACUUUAACUAGUCUCUAAGUUAACUUUUUCAUUAGGUAAAUCUUUUUCAGUUUUUAUACUGUCUGUAGGUAGUUGCCCUGUGUCUCAUCUGUCUGAGGCAGCUGUCCUGGCUCUGUUCCUGCACUGGGAGAUGAGGCAGUUUGUCCUGUUGCUCACCUGAGCAAUGGCAGCAGACUGUCCCUGGGCUGCUGGGAGCAUUACUCUCACAGCCUGGGCCAUGUCACAUCAUCUUUUACAGCCAAACCUGCACUCACUCAGGCCAGCGAGAUCCAGAAGCACCAAGCCUGAGCUACAGAGAGAAAAUGAAGCUCCAGCUCGAGAGCUGCCUAGCCAUGUGCAGGAGUUAGCACAGGACUGGCUGCUCACAGGACAGGUAAAACUGUGAGGAGCAGACAAGCACCAUGUGCAUGUUUACAUUACAAACUAAAGCAUGCAGACAGAAACUUUUCACAGAUAGUUCAAACUCCUGCACGUGAGGAGUACCUGAGGGCAGCCCCAGUAAGUAAGUAUGACUCUUGACUGAGCUAUCUAUUUUACACAAAUGAGCUGCAAAUGCACAAACUAAAAAACACCAUGAUAUUCAGCCUUAGGGCAAGACUGUUAAGCCAAUGUUGUGCUCAUGGCUCACAGGCAACAAAAGACUGAGGGCUUUACACCCCCUCACUUCCACCGAAUCUGUAACACUACCUCUAUACCAAGAAAGCUUUACAGAUACAAAACAAUGUUCUUGCUGAGAGAGUCAGUGCACUUGAGCAAAGUGCCUCACUUUUGAAAUGGGGGGAGAAGGGAACAGGUACUCCAGACAUACUACUAUGGAAUUGUCAGCUUCAUGAAUGACCUUUCAUUUAAACAGAUAAUCACUUUCAUUCUUAAAAACUCAUUGCUUUUUCAAAAACUGUCCUGUCAGUCAGCUUUCAUUGGAGAGGGCAGAUCAAAGAUAACUUACAUAUGCAUGAUCCUAAGGAAUUCUUAAAGAGGGAAAUAUCUUCCAAAGUAGUUAUACCUCCCUCCCCCCCAACAAUACAUUAGGGACACAUUUAACUUCACACUUUCUUCACACUUCCCACUCAAGAUUUGUGUAAAAAGAAAAAUCAGCAAAACACUAAACAGUUCCUAAAGAGCAGCACUUUGAACUAUAAGAACUUGGCAAAAAAAGGCAUUCCAGAGAAAAAAAUACAUUCCAGAAAUGGAAUGUAUUUUAUUAGCAGUCAGUGGGCUUUACAGGGGGAAGAUCUUCAAUGAUACCUUUCCUCCAUUGAUGUCUGUGCCCUUCAAAGCUGCAGCCUGCACAGCUGCUUGCUUUCUGGCAAACAUCAAGCUAUCAAAUUUAAAGAUAAAAAAUAAAAAAUAUGGGAGCACAUAACAUUUAUUUGACAGUUGAACCAAGCCUUUACAAGUUACUUUUCCUGGACUAGUUGAAUACAAAGGACAAAACAAGUUAGAACAUUUAGAAGAGACUUCAAAAGUAAAUUCUUUCCUUGGGCUUCUUUGUGCCAAGUACCAGUUGAGGAUGAAGUUCAACUAAAGCACUGUGGUCUUGUGGCUACACUAAAGUCUGGGAACUAGGAGAAUUUGGGGCCUUAUCCAGCCAUAGUCACUUGUGUAUGAUCUCAGGCAAGCCUUUCAAUCAUUCCUGGUGAUCUUAGCUGCCAUAUUUAAAAAAGAAACAAAACACACACACAAAAACCACAAACCAAAACAGGUAAAUGCAAGACCUCACUAAAGGCAGCUGCAAUUGUGAGUAACAAGGGGGUUGAGAAUAUUAACAAACCACAGAGCUCACACUAAGCUCAUGGCAGUGCUUGUGCUCAGCUGCUUCAGCACACAGGCCCUCCCUCCUGCUGAGAGGCAGCAGACACUUUCCACAAUAAAAUGGUCAUGACCAAGACUGGUUUUCCCAUUUUCUAUUCAGCUCCCAUCAUCUUCUCCUGUCUCAUGCAAUAGCCCUGACAUUCAUUGACAGGAAUCAAGCAGCAACUGGUACUAGAUCAUACGUCAUAUAAGGAAACCUUAACAUUUAAAUUUCCAUGCAACUUAUAUUUAAGAUAAAUUUAAGUGAUGUUUCUGUGUCUUGGAACACUCUCUCACUUAUACAUUCAAAAGCCACUUGGCUGCAAGCAAUGUAAUGCUGCAUGUAAAUGCUUUUAUAGCUAUAGUGAAGUAAACAGCUUUAUUUCUGGACUGACUUUGUGGUGCUUGAAAGAUCUAAAUUUGACUUAGAAAAACUUGUCAGCUCCACUAACUAAAUGACAAAAUACAAAUGGGAGACAGCAUUUUUCUAUUAUGUGGAAAUCUGACAUAAUGUUUGUGAAUUUUGGUAUUUAAAAUUGUAUUAAAGUGCACCAGUGUUCUCAUUUCAACACUGGAAUUAAUGCCAACAAUCCACCUAAUCUCAGAAAGUGUGUGUAUCUAAGCAAAUAAGACAAUUUUAACUGAGAGUAUGACUUCAACUAACACCAUUAAACCCAGUACAAGCCACACUGUAGGUGUUUCCAUUUUGGUUAAGGGGUUUUAAUUUUUAAACUACAGCUUGCAAAUACCCCUAAUCCUUUUGAGCAGCUGGAAAUUGCUGACAAUACAGAAUUUCCACAGAAGGGCUUCUGCUGAUCCACUAUGUCAGCCUGAAGUAACAUUAUGUAAAAAGGCCUAAUAACCAAAUUUUAAUCCUUUUGUUUUUUUAAAGGAAAAUGAGGCCUUCAAGUUCAUACAUGAAAUGAUGCUUGAAUUUAGAAUUCCACAGUUAAGAUUUAAAAGCUCAAGUGCUCUUUCUUUUGAACCAAUCCACCAUUUUAAUUCAAGAGCAUGGCUGAAACUUAACCACAUUUGAACUCUCGGUAAUACUCCUUUCUGUAGUAACUGGCCCUUUUCAGCUGAAAAUAAUCCAGGCAGUUGAUUGUAAAGACUUUCCUUUUAGUGAGUUAAAGAUGCUUGGGGUUUGGAUUCAUAUAAAAACAAAGCCAGUACCACAGGGUAUGGUCUAGAGAAAACAAACCAAAACAAGCUAUCUUCUGCCUGAGCCACCUCAUUUAUAUCUUUUCAUUGCCAAGAAUCUCUCAGGAACAUGAUGAUAUUAAAUAACCAGAUAUAAUGAGCUGGGGGAAGACUACUAAAUUUAAAUCACUUUUAAUUUGUGACUUUAAAAAUUCUAGUAAUAGCCAUACUUUGGGGUGACAUCCUUCUGCUGCAGUUGGGUCACUCGGAGGUCUGGUCUAUUUUGUGGCUAAAGGUGUCUCAGCUGUCAGCACUGGGAAGUGGUGCCUCUUGCAGCAUUAGUGAUGAACAGGGGAGAGAGAGGCCAAGGACCUGUUUAUGGAGGUUUUGUUCUUUAAAAUGUGCCACUUGUUGAAUUCUGGCCUCUGUCUGCAAGCAGUACACCAAUGAAUCAUUUGUUAAUUUGUGGACAUCACACACCUACCUGAGCAUGUGAACAGCUUUAAGUACUUAAUUUUCUGCUGGCAGGUAUUCACAUAACCCAAUCCUGAUACCAUAAAACUUCCUGAACCUCAUUCCUUAGACUUAAAAGUUCCCAAAUCAGAUUAUCUCUUUCCUGUUUAGCUGUUAAAAUUUUGUCUGGUGAGUGUUUUUAAGAGGCUGUGAGUAACUCUUCUCCCCCGAUCCUGUAUAUUGCCAAAAAAAUACUCAUAACCAAUGUUAUUCCCAGUUCUUCAUUCCAUCUGCAAAGGAUUACCAUCUUUUCAAGUCACUGUAGAGCUGCAUGUACAAGAACCUGCCAGAUCUUUCAGUCUGAUUGCCUGAGGUGGCAUCUAUGGAUCUCUCCCCAGCUGGCACUGACAGUGAGGGGUGGGAAUGCUCAUUAAAGCAGUCUGACAGUAACAACUGAAGGGGCUGUUUGUCACAGCUCUUCAGAGAUUGUACAGUCACUCUCCACCUUUAAUACUACCUUGUCCGGCUACCCCAGAGAUCAGCCAAAACCAAACUGUUUUCUUUCUGCUUCCAUAUUUUUGACAGUACCCUAGAAUCCAAUAUUUAGGAUAUCCACCUAAACUGCAGGACACCAAAAAUCCUUUCCCAGAAUUGGACAGAAGUAACAUCUGAGAUCUAAGCAUCCAAAUCCCAAAGGAAAGCCUCCUGCUUAGGAACAACAUGGAGCAAAUAAAUACUUCUACAUUUAUCUAAGGAGAAAAGCAGACUGACCUGGAUCAGGUCAGUAUCUGUAACAGGGCCAUGAUAAUUCCAAGCAGAUACAGGAACCUCCCAGUAGCCCAAACUCACAUCUCUACUUAGUCUUCUGUACUGGCUAGAACAAGUGCAGUUACUUAGAUCUGACUUCUCUAAAUGCCAUUCUUAAGUACUCAACACUCUCCAGGCAUAGGUACUUUAGAUAUAUGGACACCAUGGGGGAGCAGGAUACAGCAAUGUCAAAUUUAAAUCCAGCUGUAGAUGCAGGUCAAACUCAUCUAUGCAGAAACUUUUUCCAAGACAAAAUGAGUCUUUACUGGUGAGUUGGCUUUAGCCCAUUCUCCUUCUGCAGGCUGAGUGAAACACUCGUUCUCACACUGCCUGGUUCUUGUGCUGCCCAGCUGCAUGAGCCAGGCAGCCAGAGAGGAAAAAAACACCACAUAUCCACAGCCCUUCCUGCUGACAUUUUACGAUCACAUACAACUACCCUGAAUGGCCACAAAAGUUAAAAUGAUCAGGAAAGGUGAAGUCCACAAAAUCAGUCUCCAGGCGUUUCGGUGGGUUGUUAAAUUACUAUUGUAACUUUAACAAUUAGUACAUUUGGUUGUACUCAUGCAGGGAUUCUCCCAGAAUUUCCCCAGGAAAACACAAAAUGAAUCACAAUCCAUCAUACAAGUUUCUGGCACAUUCCCUUGUCUUAAAGGCCAUGCUGUAUACAUGAAAAAUACUUCAGAGAAGCAUAAUGCAAAUGUUAUGACACUGUAUCUCACAAACAGCUACUGUAAAAAAAUUAAUCCUACUCCGAACAAACCUGUAAGAAGUAGGAUGUGAGUCUGUCCUCGUUCAUGCCCUGGGACCAAGGCACAGCCUUUGUGUUUGCAUAUCCUACAUGGCAUCAGGAGUAACCGGCCAGCAAGCACAGGCAGAGUUUUACACCAGGACAUGUUUGUUGGCACCUGGGGAAUCAUCUGGCAGUAGAUGAGUCCUUGGUAAUGAGUGAAUGCUCAUAUGCCAUCAGCCCGUGUUCUGAAGGUGCUACAACAUGCAGCAAGGGGUAGAAAAGUCACGUGUGGCCCUCCAUCCCCCCUUACAGUAGCACUUUUUAAUAUCCACUAUAUUCUACAUGGAAGAAAUUGUAGAGACACUUCCUUUUUAUAUUUAAAAUGUAGAAACCACUUGAAAGCCCAUUAACUUUUAAAUUAAAUAAAACUUUUUUUUUAAGAACAAGGCCAGUCAUGGACAAAGCUAUUUUAUGACUUCCAAUGCUGAACUCAAAGCAGGGUUUGUAAACAUGGUGGGUGGGAAGAGACAAAUCCAAUUACAAGGAUACUAAUUAUAUGGGAUUUGAAGUUUUAAUUAAUUUUUUUAAUCUACUUAUCUUGCUCUCCCAACAUGUGUAUUGGCACAAAGCGUCACACAAACACUUUAGUGGAAAUUUUUCUCCCUUUUCUUGUGCUAAACUCUUUUAUCUUCAGGACAGUCCAAGCUUCCCAUUCAUCUUCAUUUGCUGCAUAUUUUUGAAUUCUCCAUAGAUUUCUUUCUUUCCAAAUACCUAUAAAUUAUAGACUAAAGUUUUAUUUUUGCAGAAAGUCUGCUAUUAAGCUAUGUUGAUUUUUUGUUCUGAUCAAAUAGUGUUAAUUUCUACUGCCACAUUGCACGUGGCUAGGAGUAGUGUAAAAAAGAAUGUGGUAGUAUUUUAUGUGCUUUAAACACUGAAAAAUGUAUACAGAAAAGUGCAUAUACAAAGUCUUACUUUCCUAAUAGGAACACUGGCAUUAGCAAAUAGUAUAUUUGAACCAAUAGGAAAUAUUACUUUGUAGUAGCAAACACUUUGUAAAUAAAAACUUGUUAUUUUUUUAAUGGAAAUUUUAUAGAAGCUUUUUCUGUAUACUCAAUUGAUCCCAUGUUUACUGAAAAUGCUGCAAGUGGGAAUUGUACAUUGCAAAUGGGGGUGGGGAGCAGACAGUCUGACUGAGGUGAAAGCUGUGUAUGCUUUGGAGAAGAACAUCCAGUUUUCUGUGGACUGGAAUGUAAACCUUAACUGUAGAAGAACUGAAUAAAAGAAUUUCAAGGCAA